UGUGCAGUUGCGCCCCUACUUGUAGCCUAUGACAAAUUUCCAUCAAACUGAACUGGAUAAUUUUUAAUAAAAUGUACACAAGCCUAUUAUGAAUUAAGCAUAUGAACUGAAAUAUUUUGCAUUUAUGCUUAAUUUAUAAUAAUGUAGAUUUCUCAAUUAAAUCUGAUGGAAAUGUAUACAAUUAAUACAACUGAAAUGCAUUAAUCUUAAACAUUGGUUGUUUUUAACAGUAAUAAGGAGUUUCGGUAUUUCACAAUAAACAAUAGGCUAAAGUCUUCAAAUGUAGCGCAGAGAGAACAUUCUUCCAUUAAUGACUUUUUUUAUUCAUAAAAGUAUAUUUUUUAUGAAAUCUUUAACAUUCACACGAUGUCGCUGCAAUACUGCAAAUCACGUUUAAGAGGCGAAAACAGGAGAGGAGGUGCAGGCAGACCAGUCAUGCUUUUGCUAUCAUAAUGCUGAUGGAUAGAGCCAGUGAGAGGAGCACUGAUUUAGCACAGCUAUCCUGAGCUUCUGGGGGUGUUUAUUAAUGGAAUCCACGGCACGGCUCCAUGGGGAGCUCUCCUGGAUAUUUUUAAAAACCCAAAUACUCCAUAAACUCAAUUAGUUUCGGAAAUGUCAGUAAAUGUGCUCCUUCGUCCUACAUCUUUCGUUAGAACGUGAGCCAUUGCAUUGACGUUCCCUGUGCGCUCUGCAAUGGAGCCGCAAUCAGGCGUGCUUCCGAGAAGAUGGCACCUCUGUUUUGUGUUCCUCCCGGCGAUGUGGAGUGUCGCCUCAGCCGUGACACGAUACUCCAUCCCCGAAGAAAUUCCAGUGGGCUCCGUGGUCGCAAAUAUAGCUGGCGAUUUGGGCCUUGAUGCGCACAGCCUCUCGGAACGAAAGGUAAAGCUGGAUUACAUUCACAGCAAAAAAUAUUUAGAAAUAAAUAAAGACACCGGAGAACUGUUUAUCGCCGAGAAAAUCGACAGGGAGAAUUUAUGCCCCGCCAAGACCUCAUCGUUCUGUUUUCUUAAGAUGGAUGUGAUAAUCGAGAGUCCAAUACGCAUCUUUAAUAUCGAAUUGGAAAUUAUGGACAUAAAUGACAACGCGCCUCAAUUCAGGCGGGAAAGAAUACCGCUCGAUAUAUCGGAAUCCGCAACACCAGGGGAGCGGUUUUCUUUAACGAAUGCAGUGGAUGCUGAUGUCGGAGAGAACUCUAUCGAGACUUACUAUCUGAGCGAGAGUGACGAGUUUACGAUUGAAAUUCAGUCUGGAAGUGAUGGAACCAAAUACGUUGACUUGGUGCUAAAAGCUAGUUUAGACCGAGAAAAACAAGCACUACAUACGCUAACGCUCACCGCCGUGGACGGCGGCAUACCUGCACAGUCAGGUACAGCUAGCAUUAUCAUCCAAGUGUUGGACACCAACGACAACGCCCCUCAGUUAGAUCGACAAGUUUACUCCGUUGAUUUGAUCGAAAACGCGCCGGCUGGGACGCUAAUUAUGCAGCUGAAUGCAACAGAUUUGGACGAGGGAACAAACGCAGAAAUCACAUACUCUUUCACUUUGUACACAUCUGAGAAAACACAGGAGAAGUUCUCUCUGGAUCCCAGCAGUGGAGCAAUAACAGUUAAAGAUGUGAUUGAUUUCGAAGAGGUUAAAAGCUUUGAGAUGUAUGUUGAAGCCAAAGACAAUGCGGUAAAUCCCCUGUCUGGUCAGUGUAAAAUAUUAGUGUUCAUCACAGAUCUGAACGACAACUAUCCUGAAAUUACAGUAAAAUCUUUUCAAAGUUCAAUCAAAGAAAGUGACCCCAUAGGAACAGUGAUAGCUGUCAUCAGUGUGAGUGACAGGGACUCUGGAGAUAAUGGUAAAGUUGUUCUCUCAGUCUACAAUGCGGAAUUUUUACCUUUUGCAUUGAACAAGUCAUCAGAAGACUUUUUUGCAUUAACAGUUACAGAGACACUGGACCGUGAGAAGACCUCCCAUUAUGACAUCACACUUCAUGUAACUGACAGAGGAACUCCACCUCUGACUGAUAAUGAAACUAUCAGUAUUGUAAUUCAGGAUGUCAACGAUAACGCACCAGUGUUCCCCCAGGCCCUUUAUACCAUUCAUUUGAUGGAAAACAAUGAGCCUGGGGCUCUAUUAGCCUCUCCCACCGCUCACGACCCAGACCUGCAUGAAAAUCAGUAUCUGGUAUAUUUUAUAAUUGAAAAGGAGAUUGCCAACACGUCAAUGUCCAUGCUUUUUUCCAUCAAUCCAGAGAAUGGCAACCUCUACGCUUUACGCACUUUUGACUUCGAGAGGGAGAAGGAGUUUCUAUUUCAUAUUGAAGCUAGAGACUCUGGGGUUCCUCCUCUUAGCAGUAAUGUGACUGUGCACAUCAUCAUUCUGGACCAAAAUGACAACACCCCACUCAUAGUGUCUCCAUGGUGUCUGCAAGGCUCUGUUAUUGAGGAAAUAAUCCCGAGAUCAACUGAUAAAGGAUCCCUGGUCACCAAGGUUAUUGCGUUGGAUGCUGACUCUAUGCAGAACUCCCGCAUAACAUAUCAGUUUCUGCAGAUCACAGACACUACGCUGUUUAGCCUUGACCAGUACAAUGGUGAGAUACGAACCACACGCAUGUUCAACUAUAGGGAUCCCAGACAUCAACGGCUGGUCAUCACGGCCAGAGACAAUGGAGAACCUCCUCGCUCCGCCACGAUGACCAUCAAAAUCUCCAUGGUGGAGCAAGUGGUGACGCAGUUUACAGAAACCACAGAGGUGCCUAUUGAAUACGACUUAUUCACUGAUCUAAACCUGUAUUUGCUCAUUGGUUUGGGUUCAGUGUUGUUUUUGCUGCUCAUCACUAUUCUGGUCAUCAUAGUGCUUAAAUGUCAAGAACCGAAACAAUUGAAUGCGGCUCCACAUGGUAGGAACAGCAUCGUUAGCCAGAGAAACUCCACUAUUGCUGACUCUACGCUCAUAUCAAGUGAUGCCUAUUGGUACAGUCUGUUUCUGGCAGAGACCAGAAAGGGAAAGGUGGUGGUACGGCAGCCACUUCCUAACGGGGCAGGGUUUAUUGUGUCAAGUAUCCCAGGAAGUGCUGCACUGACUGAGACCAGUGCAUCAAGGUCUUCAACAUUACAGGAGUCGAGCAGUGAUUUACCAUGAGCUGACUGAUGGAUUACAACAUUCUACAACUGCCAGGAUCUCUGUCCUUGAGGGGAUUAUUGAUCACUUGUUAAUCAUUACUUGAGGGUUUAACCCAUGCAAGACUGUAUGUCAGUCACUUGUAACCACAUUGAGCAUGACUUUGCAUGGCU